ACUACAUAGUUGCCAUUGCCAUCAGAUUGAUGCACUCUAUGCAUGCAGUCAUGAAGACGUAUAUAUUUCCAUGGUAUGUUCUACUAUAAUGGUGUUGAACCUAGUUGGUUGAACGUUUGAAAACAUAACCUUGGUGAAUUUGGCGGCAACAAGCGGGUUGCUGUUUGCUUCAAAAGAUACAAGAGGUUCGUCAACGUUGCUUCAAUGCUGCGAGCAUCAUGUUCAUUACAAAUUUACAAAGGGAGUUUUACCAAGAAAUACAUGGGAAACAAAUUCUUCUUCUAGUUAAUUUUGAUGUUGAUGCCAUUUGUGCUUCCAAAAUAUUACAAGAUUUGUUUAAACAUGACAAUAUUACAUACACACUUGUGCCUGUUCAGGGUAUUGAGGACAUGGUUCAUGCAUAUAAAGACAAUGCAGAAGAGAUAGCAUAUGUCGUAAUGAUCAAUUGUGGUGGAAUGCUAGACAUUGUUGAUUUAUUAGAACCAGAGGAAAAAGUAACUUUUUUCAUUCUUGAUAGCCACAGGCCUUAUGAUUUAUGUAAUAUCUAUAGUGAAAAACAAGUACAAAUUCUUGGAGAGCCACCUGAAGAUGAAAAAAUACAAAUACCAGAGUAUAAUGAUGUCUUCAAUGAUGAAUCUUCAGACGAAGAAGACAACUUGGAUGAUCUUUCAGAUGAUAAAAAUGAGUCAGUUCAAGCCAAGCGCAGAAGAUUACAAGAAGCCCAAAUUAUUAAAAAAAGACAACGGCGGGAAUGGGAACAAAAGAGAGAUGAGCUUAUGUUUAAUUAUUCGCAAUAUAGUUACUAUAGCAAAUCAAGUGCUUUGACUGCAUAUGAAAUGACAUGGCAAGCUUCCAGAGACAGUUUGGAUAUGAUAUGGUGGGCCAUUAUUGGAUCUACUGAACAGGCUUUGUUAAAUAAAGUAGAAUCUACUACCAAUACUCUGGACACUGGUUUUCUACAAGGUCAUGUUUCAAGAUUGAGUCAUGCCAGAAGAGGAGAUGGAAAUGAGAAUCAAAAGAGCACAAUGAAAAUCACAUUUGAAAAAGAUUUAAAAUUAGCAUUGUACCAUCACUGGACUGUUGAAGAUAGUCUGAGGCAUUCCAUGAUAACAUCAGUCGCAUUACGCCUAUGGUCAAUUAAAGGAGAACAAAAAAUGAAACAACUCUUAGCAGAAAUGGGGCUACCUCUUGAUCAAUCGAAGCAACAAUUUUCAGCUAUGGAUUUAAAUCUCCGAAAUGAAUUUAAAGAUAUGGUUGAAAAGAUAGCUGAUAAAUACGAAGUAGGCAGUGUUAUUGGCGCUAGUUUCACUUUGCAUAACGGCUACAGAUUUAAAUAUUGUGCUUCUGAUGUUGUUUACGCAAUGUUGGCUGUGAUGGAAUCAACAUCAAAAGAACGACCACCAAAGUUAUGUUUUUUAGAAGCAUCUAGUUGUCUUACACGUACAAAUAAGGAUGUUUUAGAUAAAGCAAUAGAAAAAGCCAAAACCAUGCUUGUACAUAUUUUUAAAACUGCUCAAAGCAUUUUGGAGCUAAAGCAAGUGACGAACGCUGGCGCAUAUCUGUACAUAGUUUUAUCAGACAGCAUUUUACAUUGUCAUAUGUUCUCUCAUCCCCACACACUUCUGAUGUUGGCACAAUUCACAUUGAGAGCUUAUGUCGCAUCCUCGAGAAACAAAUACAAAGCCGCUUCUAUACCACUCGUUGCGUCUGCGACAUACAAUGAAGAAAAGAAAACGUGCCUCAUUGUUGGUAUACCUCCUGUAUCCGAAGAACAGCCUAGAAGUUUGUUUGGACGAGCGUUCGAACAAGCAGCUAAAAAUACUAAUUCUACUUUGGAAGCAGACUACUUUGAUACCACAAUUGCAAGACUGAAAAUUGAAGAUAGGCCUAAGUUCUUUGAUGCUUUGGCAGCGUUAAUGGAUUAAAAAAAUUUGGUCAAACUUAAUUUUACUAACGAAUCAUGUUGGGUAAAAAAAUGUGAUCCAUUGCAUAGCUUAUUUUAUUACAUCAACGAUAGAUAAGAGAUUAGUGUAAGUUUUGUUAAUACGUUUAAAACGCAGUUAUUGUUUAUCACAUUGAUAUUUUUUAAAUCGAAAAGAAUUGCACGUUUCAGACAUUGAAGUUCAAAUUUUACGAUAAAAACGAACCAACCAACGUAUUGAUUUUUGUUGAAAAUUUUUACAAAUUAACAAAAAUAACUAAAAUACGUACGUAACCUCACUAACUAAAACAAAGGCAACAUUAAUUUUUAAAUAUCAAUUUUUUUCUUUCGUAAAAUUCCUAAGUAAAUUGGAUAGUGAUUUUGUAUAUAUUUGAUAAUAAUUAAGUAAUGAAAAUUGUUAGCAUUAUAUAGUAAUAUUUCAGAGCACACCGACUGAAUGAAUUGUCUAACAUGUCGAUAAUUUAGAACAAAAUUAAAUUCAUAAAUAUUUAGUGUCGAUGAAUUGUGUAUAUUUCUGUGAACAUAAAAAAUGUCACAUUAAAUCCUUCAUUAGAAAAUUAUGUAAGUUAUAAUAAGGAACAAAUAGAUGUCACUAUCGUCAUUCAAUCGAAUUGUAAUUUAAUAUG